GCUGCUUGAUCAUGCCAGAACACUCUAGACCAAAGCUGCAUCAAUGAUUCACAGCUGAGUGCCAUGGAAAAAAGAUCACCCCUGUUUUUUAAGAGGUUUGGUUUAAUCCAGGCUUCUGUAGACUGCUAUUCGUUGCUGCAUGUUUCUAGAAUGUGCUUUUUGGACGACACCAGGGGGGGAAUCUGUCUGAUUAAUAGAGCAUCUCUGUUGGAAUAGAGUAUUACAGCAGUGCACGAGGUUUCAUCAGAAAUACCCGAGAGGAGCAUCACUAUAUUUUGCAACAAAUAUUUGUGGGAUAGACACAAAAGAAAGAGAAGUAGAAAAAUAAAGAAGAGCUGAACCACACGUUGAAUGACUGAUUAAAAGAGGUGUUUAUCAUGACUCAAGGCAAGAUUUUAGAGGUAAACAAGCUGAAUGAAGGCUCAUCUCUGCCUCAACCACCACCAAGCUAUGAGGAGGCAACUGCAGGUGGAAGUGGCAUUUACCCUGUUGACGGAGAAAGUUGCACAAAGUUUUCCUUUGAUGACUUGAACGUACGCCGGACAUUUAUACGGAAGGUCUAUGCCAUUCUGGCGCUCCAGCUGUCUGUCACCCUGGCCAUUGUUUCUAUCUUCACUUUCUGUGAACCAUUAAAGGACUAUGUCCAGUCUAAUCCUGGAUGGUACUGGGCCGGAUACGCAGUGUUCAUGACAACAUUAGUGACGCUGUCCUGCUUUCCUGGACCGAGGAGGCGGUUUCCAUGGAACCUGAUUCUGUUGGCCAUCUUUACUCUGUCACUUUCGUAUAUGACAGGAAUGUUGUCCAGUUACUACAAUACAACGUCUGUGAUGAUGUGUUUGGGUAUUACAGUCCUGGUCUGCUUCUCUGUCUCAGUUUUUAGUUUUCAGACAAAAAUUGAUAUGACAUCGUGUCAGGGUGUGAUGCUUAUCAUCUGCACCUCGUUUUUUAUAUGUGGAAUAUUACUGGCUUUAAUUAUACCUCUUGGCUGUGUUCCUUGGAUGCACGCUGUGUUUGCUGUGCUGGGAGCAAUCAUGUUUAGCAUGUUUCUGGCAAUCGACACACAGCUCCUGAUGGGAAAAAAGCGUGAAAGUAUCAGUCCUGAGGAUUACAUCUAUGCUACACUCAAUAUCUAUUUGGACAUCGUCUACAUCUUCUCCUUUAUUCUCCAGAUUUUUGGAAAAAAUAGGCUGUGAGCCAAUGCAUUUUCAUAGCUAUAAGUAAUGUGAAGUUACAUAUCACCUUGUUGUGACCACAAAAAAAAUAAUCCAAAACUCACUUACAAACUUCAGAAAUUCUGCAUGCUGGAACCCAAAUUCAAAACAGUUGAACAUCAACUAAAAGUCUUGGAAAGGAAUGUAUGGCAGAAGGUAUUAGCAAAACUUUUAUGUAGUUUUAGAAAACUUUCAUUCUUUUCAGUAUACAAAUACAUAGGUUAACAUAGAAAAUAAUGGGUGCAUAGUAAUACUACUAGUCCUACUGCCAAUACAAAAUAAAAGAGAUUUAUUUUUUUAUGUAGUUCCAAACUUCUAUUUUUAUGUAUAGAAUAAAAUGUAUCUAUACAUAAACUAUUUAAAAAGGCAAAGAAUUUUAAAUGCCUGAAAUAUGAAAAUACCAAGAUACUAAAAAAGAGCAUAAUGGGUCAUACAAUAUGAAAAAGUAUGCACUGUUAAAAAACUGCUAUUUUAAAGUAAAACUAUGCCAACAGAUAAUAUCAAACAGAAAUGUUUUUUUUUAAAUAAUAUUUUUAAAGUUUUUUUAUUUUUACUAAAAAUUUAAAUAUUAAUAAAAAUAGUAGUAUGCAAGAACCUCGCUAAUUAAUAGUAUCAAAUCUGAAAUGGUAUAUUUGUAGGUAACCUAAUGUUUAUAUAUAAAUUAAUAAACUAUUCUAGCUAACAAUAAUCCAGGAACUGGAUUUUUAAUGCAUUAAAAUACCAAAAACUCAAUUCAAUUUGAAGCCUUCAAUACUGCUCUCUUCUUUAAAAAGUUGUAAUACCACAAACCUCACACGAUCCGAUGUUUGCUUCACUCCUUUAUGCUGGGAUCCUGAAGUAGAACUAUGAGAUAAGGAGAAAUGGCCCAAAGAUGAUUUACUGUAUUUGCACAUCAACAUUGUUACACACAAAAAAAGUGUAUUAAGGUUAGCUGCAAAGUAAAUGCACGUGCUGAUAUUUUUUUUUGAAAACCUAUUCAUCAGUCUUUCACUUUCUCUCACUAGUGAAUGUUUUUAUUCAAAUUAGGGCUGCAACUAACGAUUAUUUAAUCGGACAAUGAAUUAUUUUCUUCGUUCAAUUGAUAAAUUGGAUUUUAUUUUUAAAACAACAAAAAAACUUUCAUCUUCAUACGUGACUUGGGACGCACACUUUUUCAUUUACAUUUACAUUUGCUGCAUUUAGCAGACGCCUUUGUCCAGAGCGAAGUACAAAAGUGCUUUGAGUCUCUAGAAAUAAAUAAAUCUACACUGGUACGCUUGAUUACAAACUUAAGAUAAAUCUGCCUACAAUCGCUGCCGAUCGACCCUGUAAUCUCCUCUAUUUCGCAAGCGGCUGUGUUAUCUUACCAUCACGCUAAACCGUAAAUUGAGCAGCCUAAUCGCAACUAAUCAACAACAGCAUUCGUUGACAACGAUUAGUAUCGAUUUUAUCGAUUGUUGCAGCCCUAAUUUAAAAUUCAUUUGAAUUACCAUGGAAUUAAUUAUUAUUAUUAUUGUUGGGUUUUUUUGUUUUUUUUGGGAUAUUCUUUGUGUCUAAUAAUCCAUUUAUUUAUUCAUUUAUUUAUUUGUUUAUUUUUGUCAUAAUUCUGUCGUGAGUGAGCUUCAUUUUAUAAGAUGGUUUUUACUUUGACAGAAAGUAACAGAGAAACUAAAAUUGAAUAAAAAUGAAAUGUAAAUAAUAUAAUCAUAAGCGUCAAAUGUUCAUUAUGCAUAUAAGGUAUGGAUGCCUUUCUCUGAGAC